UUUGCCUUCUGCUUUUCCAGGAGCAUCAUCUGCAGCGGGCAAUAUGUACUGGUCUCAUUAUACCGACACCAGAGGUUUUUACCACCGAUCAGCAAGCCUACGAUCGUAUGUAUCCUCCAAAUUACAAAAUGCCGCGGCAAUUAAUUCACAUGCAGCCGCUGGGUCUCGAGCAAGAUGUACCAGAUUACGAUAUGGAUAGCGGCGAUGAAGUUUGGAUAAGCCAACAGAGUCGACGUCUUGAUCUGACACCACUGAAGUUCGAGCAGAUGAUGGAUCGGCUAGAGAAGAGUUCAGGGCAAAUGGUCGUUAAGCUAAAUGAGGCGAAGGCACUGCUUAAGCAGGACGAUGAAGUCAGCAUUGCCGUUUACGAUUACUGGCUUAAUAAACGUUUGAAAAUGCAACACCCGCUGAUACUGACUGUGAAAACGGAGAAUCGUCCGGGCUCAUCUUCGAACAAUCCGUACUUAGCAUUUCGCCGACGCACCGAAAAGAUGCAAACACGAAAGAAUCGCAAAAAUGAUGAAACGUCCUAUGAGAAGAUGCUCAAGCUGAGGCGCGACUUGCAACGUGCCACCACCGUGCUGGAGAUGGUGAAGCGACGCGAGAAGACGAAACGUGAGCAAUUGCAUUUAUCUAUAGAAAUCUUCGAGAAGCGAUAUCAGCUGCGCGACUUCAGUGGUGCUCUAUUCUCCGAAUUGAGUUCUUCGCUGAAGAAUUCCAGACCUGCGUUUGCCCCUUUGUAUACGAAUCAAUACUCACACCAUGCAUCUGCGACAGGCACCACACCCACUGGUGUUGUAUCAGCAGGUGCGGGGACGCAUGCUGCCGGUGUUGGCAGUGUACUGGGGCCAGGCGGUUUGCUUACAUCAACGGCGGGUGCGAAUAGUGUCGCAGCCGGCAGUGGUGGACAUCUGUAUGCGUCGGCUUCGCAGUACCUGAAUCCUUCAAGUUUAACCAUUGAUGCAAUCAACACUGGCGCAAGUGGUGGUAGUGGUAAUCGCAAGGAGAAGCGACAGUAUAAGAAACGAAAACAUAAAUUGCCGCGUGAUAAGCAACAGCAGCAGCAACAACAGCAGCAACAUCAGCAACAUCAGUAUUUGGGUGGCGUUAGCAGUGGUAAUGGCUUGUCGGCGUCGGCGCUUGGUGGCGCAGGUGCAGCGUUAAGCGCGCAGCAUUUGUUACAUUUGCAUCGUCACAGCUCAUCGCCCGCUGCUAAUGAGUCCAAUAUCGAGACGGAGGAGGAGGAGUUUGGCAGUGGUGGUUUGGGUGGUGGUCAUCAUGCGCACAAAAUGGGCUCCGAAAGUGAGGAGGAGAUACCGUUUGCAUUUAGGCGGAAGCAACAUUGCGACUAUCAGAGGCCUUUAGUUCAUGAUGGCAAUUGGCCUUGGGAAUCGAAGGAAGAUUGUGGAUUUGGUGAUCCGAAAUAUCGAUUCACUCUAACAUCCAUUAAACAUCCGAGACCUCGUUGCAUUGGUUUCGCCAGACGUCGCAUGGGGCGUGGUGGCCGUGUUGCUCUUGAUCGCAUAGCCACAGAUAUGGAUGAUUUUUGGUCACAGCUCGAUUACACGAUAUUUGAAAGCGAUACCACUGCGUUAACGACGAAAUGCUCAAAUAUCAAAAAAGAGCCUGUGAAACCCGCCUCGCCACCCACGGUUGUUGACCUGCCGCCGCCGUCCAACAUAGGUAACGCAGUUGGCCCAGCUGCCACCACAAUCGCCAGCACCUCCACGACGACAUUAUUGCCUGCAUCACAACUACCCGCCAACACAACGAUCAAAGUCGAGCCCAUCGACGUGGCAAUAGAUGUGUCGCCAAUCAAAAUCGAUGCUAACGCCGCGCAAGUCAGUGACGAUGAUGGUGUUGAGGCCGACUUUGAUGACGACGACUAUGAGGAGGCUUUGCAUACAGAUGUGAAUAUUUCACGCGAUGCCAACUACAUUUCGUCCAUGACGUUGUUACGACAGCGGCAACGUCAACGUAUGCGCUUGCAGCAGAAACGACGACGGCGUCGACUGCAACGCCAAAAGGCCAUUGAAGAGGGUGGCGGUGACGGCGCGUGCGUAAAACGGCAACGCUUCAAUAACACCGACAGCGUCGUGGUGGAUACAAAGUCAGUGACUGCGACUCAAAAGGUUCCGUCGGCAAAAGAGGAAUUGCCACGUCGUUUGCUUCAUCAGCUGUCCAAGUUGAUUGAUGAGAAUAGCAUGAAUAGCAUAAGCAGCUACUUGCUGAGCGAAAAAGUGAAACGUGAAAAGCUGAAUGGCGAUGACGUGUCCGAUGAAGUUGUCGUCGACUUGGAGCGGCAGCAGCAGCAGCAACAACAACCGUGGCCAAAUCGUUCCAAUAACAAUUUAAUUAACUACAACAACAACAACAAUAGUAGUAGUAAUAUAAAUAAGAAUGUAGGCGUUAGAGAUAAAUUCAAUGUGAUAAAAAGCGAAGGCACCACCAGCCCAGGCUCAUUGGCGGCAGCGACGGUCUCAGCACCAGCGGUGGCAGCUACCGUGGGAGCGGCGUCGUCGACAACGACCGCCACUUCAACAAUGUCCAUGUCGUCAGCAGCACCAUUAACAAAAGCCAUCAAACAAGAACUAAUAGAUUGCACAAGCGGCGGUGCUUCAGCCGACGAUUCGAAUGAACCAUUGAGCAGCAUAAAGAAAUCUGCAUCUGCGUUAACGGACACCACAUCCACUUCAGCUAUGCAAGUGUUGGAGGACGAGGAGAAUGUGAAUUUGGCGCAAUUGAGCAGUCUAAUCAGACACACUGUGAAGAAGGAGCCACUGGACGAUGAUGCUACCGCGUCGCAUGCAUCGCUAACAACUAGCACAACGAAAUUUAAUUCUGCAAAUUAUGCGCAUGCCAGCAUCGACGAUGAGGAUAUGUCAACGCCGCUAAAUCAGUUGCCCGAUGUCAUACGCCAGCAGCACCGCCAGUCUUUGCAGUUCAAUAACAAAUUGAAGUGUCAGCAGCUUGCCGGCGAUGUUCCAUGCAGCAGUGGCAUCAAUGUCUUAAUCGACGACACCUUGCCCACCACAUUCGAUGGUGACAAGUACGAUUACGGUGGCAGUCUUUCGCCGACUUCAAGUCAGCGGUUGGAUGUUUGCAAUGAACUGCUCUCCGAAAUACGCAGGGAUUGGUUGCAUUUUCGCCCGAAGACGCCAACCGAUGACCUGUCUGAUAGUAGUGAUUGCAAGUUGUCGCCCUCGGAGCCACUGGUCGAGUGGACGCAGCAGACUCCUAUAGCCGUCGAAAUGCUGCGGUUGCCGUGUGAUAGUGUUGAGUCAAAGAGAACUCUGCGCACGCAAAAAAACACUGAGCAGACGUUGAACAGUCUGUGGGAUACACAUUCCGACGAUGCGCUCUUCGUAAGUAGUAGUUUCAAGUAUGCUGAACUCGAACCAGACGUGCAGCUUCUACAGACUUACUAUGCGCCAGAAGUGACGCGCGGCAGUAGCAAGAGUCCUGACGUUGGCGCAGCAGGCAAUUCGAACUCGGCCAUUGACUUCAAUUUGAGCGGUGACUCGCUAACCGAUAUAAAUCUUUUGGGCGACGGCGAUGAAACGGAUGAAAAUAUGCUCGUGAACAUACUGAAGGAAUGCGACGACAUUAAGACUCUGAAUCAGGCUACAAAUUUUUGGAAUGGCAUACUCGAAGGUGAAGCAGAAGUUGAUGAAGUAGCUGCUGAUGUGGAGACUGACUUACUGGCAUGCAUCGAGGGGAAAUCGUCGAAGCAUAAGGAAGGCAGACGUGCUUCACGCACUAAAGGCAGCACCGGUGGUGGUUGUGGCGGCAAGUGGCGCAGUGGCUGUGCAAUAUAUGGCGGCACAAGUUUCAACACAACGGAUGCCACUAGCACACUUCCUGACGAAGUGUUUUUCCAAAAAGUGCAACCAAAAGUAGAGCCCGCCGACCUAGCUGAAGAGUCAGAGACUACAACGUCAGCAGCGCCUACUAAUGCAAUUAUAAAGACAGAGCCCGUAGACGAUUUGUCCGACCCAACAACGCCUAGUGUUGGUGGCUUAGUAACCGCACAACAGCAGGUGACAACUUCGUUAAGCACUAUACCCGCGCAAAUAUUGCAAAAUACGGCUGCAGCUGGCGUUAGUCUUGGUGGCGGUGCCACAACUGUCGCAAGCAUACCGCAUUUCAUUACGAACAGCGUGCAGCCACAGCUUGUUGCCACGUCCGGAGUGGUACACCGUCAGCCACAGCUGCAUAUGCAGCAGCAGUUAAUUACACAGCAACAGCAACAGCAGCAGCAGCAGCAUCAGCAUCAGCCACAAGUGCAGCUGCAGGAGGUGGCUGCAGUUGGUGAUAUUAUAACGGUAACUUCAACGAACGUGCCACCAUUGCAGCAACAGCAGCAAUACCAGCAUGUCCAAGUGCAGCAGCAACAACAGCAGCAACAUCAAAUAUUGCAGCUACGACAACCCCGUCUACAGAACGUCAUGCAGCAACUACAGCAAAUUCAACAGCAGCAGCAACGUCAACAAUUGCUGCAAAUGCAACGAGAUCUGCUAUCCGGCGGGCCGGUCAUAACUCAAUAUGUAUCGGCAACGCCAACAAAUGCCGGCACCACAACUGUUACGACCACGGCACUUCGCCAGCCUACACUCACACCAAUUGGCGCCACAGCGACAGGAAAUCACACUAUCUAUACCACCACCUCGGCGGCAGACGGCAGCAUCAUGGGUGGCACACAAAAAAUUUACAUACAAAAAGCCACACCCACAAUCAGCAGCGGUACCGCUACCCUAUCUGCAUCGCAAGUUCCUAACAGCCAGUCGUCCGCAAACACAGCGCCUGCAUCGGUUAUUACGCUGUCCAAUAUGAAGCUGGAAAACAAUAGUGAUGGAGGUGCGUCCGCAAGUCAGACAGUGACGUCAGGUAGUACUACAAAUAUACUAACUAUCGAUGGUAAUGGCGUCACGGCAUCGCCUAUGAGCACCACGGGUUCUGGUGUCAACAUCAUCAGUACGGCGGGUGGACAUCAAGUGGCUGUGCACAAUAUUAGCGGUGGUACUAUGCAGCAUUUGACUAGCACCAACAACAGCGGUGGCACUGUACAACAUUUGUCGUCGCCGUCAGUUUCGGGUGGCACUACGCCACUUAUUGUUACAACAACGACACGCCAAGCGCAACAACAGCAGCAGCAGCAACUUGUGCAUCAACCAACACAACAAAUUGUGUGGCGUCAAAUAAGUGGUGGCACGACGAAUACUGCGUCAGGUGCAGGUACCACCGUUAGUGGUGCCGAUGCUGCGGCGGCAAUGGCGGCUGCAGCAGCCGCAGCCGGCUCGGCUGGCAACAAGAUUGUGUGGGCCAGUCGUCCGGGUCAAAAGCGGCAGUUGAAUGGGCCAGAUGGAGCGACAGACAUAAACAAAUUAUUGUUGAAUCGCAAAUUCUCACAACGAAAAAUAAUCACCCAACAACAGCAUCAAAUCCAAAUCACAAAGCAUUUACAACAAUUGCACCACCAACAACAGCAGCAGCAACAGUUGCAACAACAGCAAGACGAUGAUGGCAGCGGGGUUAAUACUCUCCAUGAUGGGCACACGAAUUCAUCAGGUGGGGUGACCACCACUUUGGUUGGAACGUCGUCGCAGCUGCAAAAAGUGCAGAUGCAAGGGGGCAAAGUGAUAAAAAUGUCGUCGUACCCACUGCUCGUUUCCGAGUUGAAUGUCGCACAGCAACAACAGCAUCACCAACCACACCACCAGCAGCAGCAGCAGCAACAGCAAAAACACAACUCAGCGGCAAUUUCUGCCAAUCACAACUACAGCCUGCAGCCUACGACAGCGAUAAUAACCUCAUCGCAGUCAGCUACACAGCAGGGCGCCAGCGGUGGCAAUAAAAUCUAUCUGACCAGCAACAACGCCAGCGGUGGUGGAACCAAUUUCACCAUAGCCACAGCUAGUGAACUGGCUAAUGCUGUUGCCGUGCAGCAGUCCAAUAGCAAUAACAGCGGUGGCGCCGGCAGCAGUAACGGCAACAGCAACAUGGCACAGAAAUUGCAUCACUACAAGGAGCUGCAGAACGCCAACUUGAAAGUGAACUUUGUGACCACUUCUAACGCAGGUGGUACUAGUAGCGGUAGCGGUGGUAGCGCUGUUAGCGUGCAACAUGGCAGCAUCGUUGUGGAUGCGAAAACAGUCGCAGCCGCAGUCAGUCAGUCGCAACAACAGCAGCAGCAACAACAACAGGCAACGGCUCAGCAACAGACAGUUGUGCUGAACAAAGCCUCGGCAAAUGCCAAUCUGCAGCAGCAAAAACUGAAACGCGAACGUAUACUCAAUAUAAUCGGCGCCUCGAAUAUGGAAGUGAAUGCAACGAAUGUCAAUAAUGCCGUAGUCAGUGCCGGCGGUGUCGGUCCUGUUGAGAAUAGCAAACGUGUGCUCUACACAAGUCUGCUAAACGUGAAGCCGCUGCAGAAGAACAACUCUGGUCAGAUGCAGAUGCAAAUUGGACCCGGUGGCAUGACACACGCGCUCUUGCGCGGACGCAUUGGUAACAAUCAAACGAUUUUCACGAAUAUGCGUACGGUCCCGAUAGCGACGAGCGCAGCGGUGGGCAAUGCAACCACUGUGCAGCAGUUGCAAGUAUCAGCUGCUGGUGGUAGUUGCAAUAACAGCAGCAAUGUUGGAGGCAAUGGAAUGAGUGUUAGUUUGGCGCAAGUUACAACGAAUUCGACGACAUCAUCGUCAUCUGUGGCGCAUAUGCAACAUUCUUUGGUAAAUAUAACCAAUUCAAAUGCCACUGCUGCAGCGGCGGAUAUUAUAACCACAAGCAGUAGUUGUAAUGAUCUCAAGUCAAUUGAGAGUGUUGGCUGCAACAAUAGUAGCAGCGGCGGAAAUACUAACACGGUGGCGUUGUCGAUAAGCAGUGGCAGCAGUAAUGGCAACAGCAACAGUAAUAGCAAUAGUAGCGUCGGUGGCGGUGGCGGCGUCAGUGCUGGCAAUUCAACUCUCAAUUCGGCGUCAGCGGCGACUGCGAACAAUAAUACGCUUGCUUCUGCAAUAAUCAACAGGUGAGAUACGGGGAGCUAACUAACAAUAAGCAACUAUGAAUAUGAGCUAGAGUGCGCCGCACAGGUGGGCGCAGCCGUCGCCGUUGUCGCAGGUCGAGCGGCGGCAGCAGCAGUGUUUCGCAUUUGGUGUGUCACAGCCGCAACCGCAGCUGCAGCUGUAUAUGUAGUGGUAGCACUGUUGCCGCAACAAUAUUGCCUAUUGAUAGAGAAGCGGUACGCGCGCUUUAAUGGGGAAGCUUUAAAGACGACGGCGAUAAUGAAGCUGAUAUACAAUUUCGUUUAAGCGUCUGGGCCCUACAUUGAAUGGAGUAAAGUGUUGAGUUGUUAGCGCUGACAGUCACUCUAAACAGGAAGGAAGGCAGCUGAGCCUAAAGCGGUGAAAGUGAAGAAGAAAAUCACAAAAAAAUACGACAUCAAAAGAAAUUACGUGCCGCCGCAAGCGACUCAAAAAUACAUUCUUAAAACACACUUCAAUCGACUUGUGGUGGAUGGUGGGACAACAGCGCUGGCCGUGGACGCCGCAUCAGGAGCAGUUGUAGCAGCAGAUACAGCAGCAGCAGCCGUAGCAACAGCAACAACACACAACAACUUAUACCUUACCAAUCUCUUGUAAUUUUACUAGAUGUUGUUGUUAAUAAUUGAUAAUGUACUUGUAGAUUACUUGUAGAUUAUAUAAUAAUUUAUAUAUACAUAUAUAUAUAUGCAUCUAAACAUAUAUAUGUAUAUAUAUACAUACAUACAUACACAAAUACUUAAUGAGUUGAGCUGAUGAUAUGAUAUAAAAAGAAAAGUAAACGAAAACGGAAAGAAAAUAGAAUGUAAAAUGCUAGAGAAAGAGUGAAAUUUGCUAAAGAAAAGAAGUACCGUUACGGCAAAUGAAAUUUUUAUUUGUAUAAAGAAGUCGUAACUAUUUAGAGAAACAUAAAUUGGAAAAAGCAGUGAGCAGCAGUUGCCAGAAUUGGUGUUGGCGGCUUUGAAGAUUUUUUCGAUAUUUGAUUAAUCAAUUAUUUAGAAAAAAAUGUGAUUUUUUCAUGCUUUUACAGUUAUGCUGAGCGAGAGAUACUAGUUAUUUGUUUGGUUUUAUAUCUUUUUAAGG